AUGUUCUCCAUCGACGGAAUUCCGGCCAGUUUCGCGGAUCACAUGAAAGAGCUGUGUAUCGAGGGAGUCCCUGAAGAGCCCGCUUUGAAUUUUGAAAAAGUUAUCCGUGUUUUUGAUGACCUAAACCAAAAAGGCUUCAUCAAAAGAAAGAAGAGGCUCCACUGGGUAGACUCUGGGAAUCGUCGAUUUACAAACCCCGUCAGUAAGAAAUCCACGGCUCAAGUUCUCGAUGGCCAUGGCUGUCGCUUGCAAGUUUAUCGAUAUAAUUAUUUUCUUCUGGACGGAGACGAAGCUAUUCAAGUGUUGAAUAUCUUCCCAGAGGAGAUGUUGACGGAAGGAUUCUUGAAGAUUCAUUCGAAGAAUGUAAAAUGUGGGCAUUUAAUUGGAAGAACGCUCGUAAAUCCAGCAGGGCGAGAGCUCCAACUGAUUGCGGAUGACUCGCUGGAGAUAACUGGAGAUCCCGUUUCUGUCAGAGAUCCUAACUCAAUCGAGCCAUUCUGUCCUUAUAAAUCAACGAUUUCCAAUGAAGACUCGGAUUUUUCGGGAUGUCAAAGCGUGAUUUCACCGAAUUUAUUCAAGAACAAGGGUCAAAAGAAAAUACGGAGUGGAAGUACCGUGCGUGUCCUGAUUCGGGCGAAUGUCUGCGUCCACAAAUCGCCGGAUGGAUUUCUCAAGAUUCCUAAUUGCUCGAAUCUCUUCUUUUCUGACGAGUUUAUCUCCGCUUCUUGCAUAUACGACGGCAACGGGAUUUUCUCGGCGGAUCCAAAGGUGGUUGAUCUUACUCGGAUAUUGAAUUCUACAGAACGAGGAACACGUGAUCUUGCUGAAUCUGAUAAAACAAGAACAAUUAAAGUGAUCAACGACAACUUCGAAGUGCUCGAGGAUCAGAAAGAAAUCUGCAGAUGGCUCAUGUUUUCUGACGUAUCAAAUAAAUUCGAUGAAAUGGAUUCGAACUAUAAACCUAUUGAACCAAUCGAAAAACUAACAAAGCUGCAAAAUCAAAUCAGAAAAGUAUGCAAGUUGAUUGAGAAGAUACAUCAAAAUCACGGAGAAUGUAGCGCUGACUCUGCUCAUUUGGGCGGACUCGACAAGUUGUUCAUGGCAAGAUUCGUUCAAAUGGCUGACAAUCUUCAUAAUUCUGUCGAGGAAAAUAACUUUGAUAACUUCACCAACGAAUUAGCGAACUUCUGGUUCAAAAGCAUUUCUUGGAGAAACAAGGGUUACAAAGACUACGCAAUACCGCUGAUGUCGAAACCAAACGAUGCAAGUAGAGCAGUUUUCCAUCAAUUUGCUUCCGUCGUGGAUAAUUAUUUGCGAUUUUUACGUCUUAUUCUUCCUUCUUUCGCUGACGAAAUGCGAGCACAUCUCCCGAUGUCUGUUCGAAAAGAUGAUGAGUUGUUUCCAGUUGAGAAGGCGAAGAUGGUGCUCGAGCAUUUGCCAGUUGAUUACAUCGAGGGAUCGCAUGAAAUGGCACGGGCUGUGGUGUCGAGCGUUAAUAACUUCGUGGUGCUCCUUGAGUCGGCCAAUAAACUAGAAGUAAAUAUUUUGGAGUAUGGAACUGCCAUCGGUAGCGCAAUCAACGAAUUCCCCCAAAUCAUCUCGAAAGAUGCGACCUGCAAAGUGAAGUAUACAAAGCUCGCUGAUCACAUGUUCUUCGAAGAUAUGUUCUCACCUUAUGAUGGAUAUUUGACAUCGAAUGAAGAGGCUUGUGGAAAUGCGUUCUAUCUAGUUAUUAACAUCUCUGGGAUGGAAUACCUUUUGCCAAGACAGCAUAACUUGAUCAAAAAGCUCAACAGAAAUAUAGAAUAUGCGGAGAUGGAUCUCAAAACUAUAAGAAAAAGGAUAGCGACACUUGAAGGAACCAAAAGAACAGAAACGAAAGCUUACAAAGACUGUAUGAAAAAGCAUCAAAAGAUGAUAGCUGUCGUUAUCUGCGAUGAUUUUGAUGAGUGUUUCUAUCCAAUCACUCUCGAUGGGCCAAAGUGUCUCCUACCGAUUGCGAAUCGACCUACUCUUGCAUAUGUCCUCGAUAAUCUUGUUUUUCGAUGCAAAUUCCAGGAGAUCCUUCUCGUCUCCAACAAGUAUGGAAAUGUCAUCCAAAAAUUUGUUCAGUCGAACUACAAAGUGAACAACAUCUGCAAAAUUGAGUAUCUUUCUUCUUCCGAGUUCGAGUCUGUCGGUGAUAUUUUCCGAUGUUUCGAUCGAGAUAACAUGGUUUCGAAAGAGCAACCGUUCGUUCUUCUCUCCGGAAGUGUGGUCACCAACGUCAAUAUCCGUCGCGUUUUUGAUGACUUUCUAAGAGUCACCGCAGCCAAUCCAAAUGCUGUCCUUCACAUGGCUCUUUCAAAAUGCUCACUAUCUGACGAUCAGAGUUAUUUCAUUGCCCACGACGACGGCAAAAAGGUUUUAUCAUUCAGGAGCCCUGGACCCCCUAACCAACCAUUCGACGUUGAAGCUGGUAUUUUCAAGUCCAAAAUCCGAAAGCGUGUGCAGCUUCGUCUCGACCUGCGCUCGGCUGGCUUCUUCAUCUGCUCUCCCAAAACUCCAAGUAUUUUCGCUGAUCCAGCAAAUCUCGAUCUUCAGUCCAUGAACGAUUUCGUGAAGCAAACUCUUGACGACGAGCACAUGGGUAUUGGAACCAGCGAAGUCUUCUUUUCCCUUAUCAAAGAGGAUGAGUUUGGCGAUGUCGUCACAUCGCUGGACAGAAUGAAGUUGAUAACAGAAGCUGUCUUUAACCGAGUGAUUUCUCCCUUCACUCCUGCUUACCAGUUCCGAGCGAAACAAGUUUCCUCGUAUCAGACAAAGAAAUCAGAGAAUUAUCGAGGCGAGCGAGUGCGUCUUUCUCCAACAGCAAUCAUUGAAAAGCGAUGUGUUCUUGGCAAUGGCGUCGAAGUCGGCGCUGGUUCCUUCGUAACGAAUUCAAGCAUCGGCGAUGACUGCAAAAUAGGCGAUAAUGUUCGAAUUGAAAACUGCGUUAUCGCGCCUGGCGCUAAGAUAGAGUCGUCGUGUGUUAUCAAAGGGUCUUUCUUUGGCAAAAAUGUAUCGAUCUACGAAGGCUCCAAGAUCGCUUCCCGCUCUGUCAUCAGCCACAAUGUUGCCAUGAAGAUUAUUUCGGAGAAGCCGGUAAUUUUGAGCUGCGGAGAUGAAGAAGAGGUGGACGAUUUCGCAGACUUGACGGCGCUGUCGAUUGAUGAUGUUAGUUUUGAAGGAACCAUUGACGGCAAAGAGAUUUUAAUUUGGGCGCACGACGAGGACAUUGAUAAGGCGGAUGAUCUUGCUAAGAUCGAUUUCGAGUCCACUGCCGAGCAACUUUGGAGCGGAGUGAAGAUCGAGGAGGAAGAAAAAUCUCACGAAACGAACUCCCUAAAUUCAGAGGACGAAGAAGAAUCCGACGAAGAAAGCUUUGAUGAGGAAAAACAAAGGCAAAAGAACUUGGUGCUUUUCAACAACGAAGUCAAGGAAUCAGUGACAAGAUGUUCCCGAAACUCGUACGCAGUUGAAGUUCCUCAAAUUGUCAGAGCCAUUGGUCUCGCUAUUUAUGGCCUGUCGAAAGAAGAUGAAAAAUUCUCGAUUCAAAAGUUCCAAACUCAUGUGAAACAAUUAAAAGACAUGCUCGGAAACUUUCUCUGUCCAAAUGAAAACCCAAAUGUGAAGAUGCAAAUGGAGUUCUUGCAGUUUGUUAAUGAAGAGUUUGACACGACAAAACUGUUAACCCAAAAGGUUCUGAUGGUUUUGUACAACACUGACUUGUUGGAUGAGCGCGUUAUUCUUCACUGGAAUGAUAAGUUUGAAAUCAAGGAGGAACUCAAAGAGAAUAUCGUCAAAUUCAUCGAGUAUUUGGAGGAAGAUGAUGAAUCAUCAGAAGAAGAAUCCGAUUAA